GCUGCUGGGCGGCGGCAGCGGCGGGCGCGGAGCAGCUAGGCGGGAGCCGGGCGUCGUAGACACUGGGUCGCUGGCAAGACCGAACCGAGACAUGGAGCCGCCCGGCCGCGGGACCCGGGAUAAGAAGAAGGGUCGGAGCCCGGAUGAGCUGCCUGCGACGGGCGGCGACGGUGGCAAAUCCAAGAAAUUUACUUUAAAGCGGCUCAUGGCAGAUGAGCUGGAGAGAUUUACCAGCAUGAGAAUUAAGAAAGAGAAGGAAAAGCCCAAUUCUGCUCAUAGAAAUUCUUCUGCAUCAUAUGGAGAUGAUCCUACAGCACAGUCAUUGAAUGAUAUUUCAGAUGAGCAGGUUUUAAUUCUCUUUGAACAGAUGCUGGUGGAUAUGAACCUCAAUGAGGAAAAACAGCAACCAUUAAGAGAAAAGGACAUUGUCAUCAAGAGAGAGAUGGUGUCCCAAUACUUGCACACUUCCAAGGCUGGCAUGAGCCAGAAGGAGAGCUCCAGGUCUGCCAUGAUGUACAUUCAGGAGUUGAGGUCAGGCUUGCGGGAUAUGCCUCUGCUCAGCUGCCUGGAAUCCCUUCGUGUCUCUCUCAACAACAACCCUGUCAGUUGGGUGCAAACAUUUGGUGCUGAAGGCCUGGCCUCCUUAUUGGACAUCCUCAAACGACUUCAUGACGAGAAAGAGGAAUCUUCUGGAAGCUAUGAUAGCCGGAACCAGCAUGAAGUCAUUCGCUGCUUGAAAGCUUUUAUGAACAACAAGUUUGGAAUCAAGACUAUGUUGGAGACAGAAGAAGGAAUCCUGCUGCUGGUCAGAGCCAUGGAUCCUGCAGUUCCCAAUAUGAUGAUUGAUGCAGCUAAGCUACUUUCUGCUCUUUGUAUCCUACCACAACCAGAGGACAUGAAUGAAAGAGUUUUAGAGGCAAUGACAGAGAGAGCUGAGAUGGAUGAAGUGGAACGUUUCCAGCCAUUGCUGGAUGGAUUAAAAAGUGGGACCUCUAUUGCACUCAAGGUUGGAUGCCUACAGCUGAUCAAUGCUCUCAUCACUCCAGCUGAAGAACUUGACUUCCGAGUUCACAUCCGAAGUGAAUUGAUGCGCUUGGGCCUGCAUCAGGUGUUGCAGGACCUUCGGGAGAUUGAAAAUGAUGAUAUGAAAGUGCAGCUAGCUGUUUUUGAUGAACAAGGAGAUGAAGAUUCCUAUGAUCUGAAGGGACGGCUGGAUGACAUUCGCAUGGAGAUGGAUGACUUUAGUGAAAUCUUCCAAAUUCUCUUAAACACAGUGAAGGAUUCAAAAGCAGAGCCACACUUCCUAUCCAUCCUGCAGCACUUAUUGUUGGUCCGAAAUGACUAUGAGGCUAGACCACAGUACUAUAAGUUGAUUGAAGAGUGUAUUUCUCAAAUAGUUUUGCACAAAAAUGGGGCUGAUCCUGAUUUCAAGUGCCGGCACCUCCAGAUUGAUAUUGAAGGACUGAUUGAUCAAAUGAUUGAUAAAACAAAGGUGGAGAAAUCUGAAGCCAAAGCUACAGAACUGGAAAAAAAGCUGGACUCAGAGUUAACAGCUCGACAUGAACUACAAGUUGAAAUGAAAAAGAUGGAAAAUGACUUUGAGCAGAAACUUCAGAAUCUUCAAGGAGAAAAGGAUGCAUUGGAUUCUGAAAAACAGCAGAUUACCACAGAGAAACACAACCUGGAAACAGAAUUGUCCCAGCUCACAGGAGAGGUUGCCAAGCUAUCCAAAGAACUUGAAGAUGCCAAGAAAGAAGUCGCUUCUCUCUCUGCUGCAGCUGUUGCUGUAGCUCCUAGUAGUGCUCCUGUUCCUCCUGCCCCUCCUUUAUCUGGUGACCCUGGCACUGUUGCUCCACCCCCAGCUCCUCCUUUACCUGGAGCGCCUAGUAUACCACCCCCUCCUCCUCUUCCUGGAAGUAGUACCGUUUUUUCUCCUCCACCCCCCCCUCCUUUGCCAGGGACCUCUCUGCCUGGAGGUACCAGCAUCCCUCCACCUCCUCCUUUGCCUGGGGAUGCUGGCAUUCCCCCACCCCCUCCCUUGCCUGGAGAUGCUGGCAUCCCUCCACCCCCUCCCUUGCCUGGAAGUGCUAGUAUUCCCCCACCACCUCCCUUGCCUGGGAGUGCUUGUAUCCCUCCACCUCCUCCCUUGCUGGGAGGACCAGGAAUGCCUCCUCCUCCUCCCCCUCCUCCUCUACCUGGUGGUUCUGGAAUCCCUCCACCUCCACCUCCAUUUCCGGGAGGUCCUGGCAUUCCUCCACCUCCCCCUGGAAUGGGUGUGCCUCCACCUCCCCCCUUUGGAUUUGGAGUUCCUGCAGCCCCAGUCCUACCAUUUGGAUUAACCCCCAAAAAGAUUUAUAAGCCAGAGGUGCAGCUUCGGAGGCCAAACUGGUCCAAGUUUAUGGCUGAGGACCUUUCUCAAGACUGCUUCUGGACAAAAGUGAAAGAGGACCGCUUUGAGAACAACGAACUUUUUGCCAAACUUACCCUUACCUUUUCUGCCCAGACCAAGACUUCCAAAGCCAAGAAGGAUCAGGAAGGUGGAGAAGAAAAGAAAUCUGUGCAAAAGAAAAAAGUAAAAGAGUUAAAGGUGUUGGAUUCAAAGACAGCCCAGAAUCUUUCAAUCUUUUUGGGUUCCUUCCGCAUGCCCUAUCAAGAGAUUAAAAAUGUCAUCCUGGAGGUGAAUGAGGCUGUUCUGACAGAGUCUAUGAUCCAGAAUCUCAUUAAGCAGAUGCCAGAGCCAGAGCAGUUAAAAAUGCUCUCCGAACUGAAGGAUGAAUAUGAUGACUUGGCUGAGUCAGAGCAAUUUGGUGUAGUGAUGGGCACGGUGCCCCGUCUGCGGCCUCGCCUCAAUGCUAUCCUCUUCAAGCUACAAUUCAAUGAGCAAGUGGAGAAUAUCAAGCCAGAGAUCGUCUCUGUCACUGCUGCUUGUGAGGAGUUGCGCAAGAGCGAGAACUUCUCCAGCCUCCUGGAGAUUACCCUGCUUGUGGGAAACUAUAUGAAUGCUGGCUCCAGGAAUGCUGGUGCUUUUGGCUUCAAUAUCAGCUUCCUCUGUAAGCUUCGAGACACCAAGUCUGCAGAUCAGAAGAUGACAUUGUUGCACUUCUUGGCUGAGUUAUGUGAGAAUGACUAUCCUGAUGUCCUCAAGUUUCCUGAUGAGCUUGCCCAUGUGGAGAAAGCCAGUCGAGUUUCUGCUGAAAACUUGCAAAAGAACCUAGACCAGAUGAAGAAACAAAUUUCUGAUGUGGAACGUGAUAUUCAGAAUUUCCCAGCUGCCAUAGAAGAAAAAGACAAGUUUGUUGAAAAAAUGACUAGCUUUGUUAAGGAUGCACAGGAGCAGUAUAACAAGCUGAGGAUGAUGCAUUCUAAUAUGGAGACUUUGUAUAAGGAGCUAGGUGACUACUUUGUCUUUGAUCCCAAGAAGUUGACUGUGGAAGAAUUCUUCAUGGAUCUGCACAAUUUUAGGAAUAUGUUUUUGCAAGCAGUCAAGGAGAACCAGAAGCGACGGGAAACAGAAGAAAAGAUGCGAAGAGCAAAGCUAGCCAAGGAGAAGGCAGAGAAGGAAAGACUAGAGAAGCAACAGAAGAGAGAGCAGCUCAUAGAUAUGAACGCAGAGGGUGAUGAGACGGGUGUGAUGGACAGUCUUCUAGAAGCCUUGCAAUCAGGAGCAGCGUUCCGACGGAAGCGAGGACCCCGACAGGCCAACAGAAAGGCCGGGUGUGCAGUCACAUCUUUGCUAGCUUCGGAGCUGACCAAGGACGAUGCCAUGUCUUCUGUUCCUGCCAAGGUGCCCAAGAACAGUGAAGGAAUCCCCACAAUCCUUGAGGAAGCCAAGGAGCUAGUUGGCCGUGCAAGUUAAACUGGGCUCUGUGGCCAUGGCAGUUCCUAAAUGGAUCCCGGACUGUGCACCUGAAGCAUGUGCCUAAAGGGCCAAGGGGACAUUCCUCUGAGGCGGCCGUUCCUACCACCUGACCCUGCCUUUCUGCCUGGCCUGCUGCCCUCUGAACACCUACAGCUUCAGCUGCCUGGAGGCCAGAGGAAUAGGGCAGUGUGGGGAGGUCUGAGCCCAACCCAGCCAGCCCUGGCUGUCGUUACCAAAGCAGGGUCUGUGUGUGCUGCCUUAACCCUGUCUCCUCUCUGUUACCCAGAGGGCCUGGUCUCAGGCAAGGUCCAGCCUGCUUUUCUCAGCCCGACUUUAUAGUGGGCAUUCCCUUAGGUCAAUCUUGCUGAUUUUGUGCUUUUCUGGCCCUGAGAAACAGCAUGGGGCUUGUGAACCUAUGGGUAGAUCCCUCGUCUUACUGCUAUCACCUCGGCUCUUCUUCCUGGCUAUUAUUUAUUACUAGUGCUGUGGCAUUGGGAAUUGCUUCUGAGGAAGCAGGGGAGCAAAUCCCACCCUUAACCCCACCUUCUUGGGAAAAACCUUCUAGACAAGGCUCUGGACCACUUGUUCCACUGUGGCCCAGGCCUGAGCCCACAGGGCAUAGUAACAGCAUGGGGCCUGCCCCCAGCCUGCUGCUUGCUAUGCUUUAUGCCCUUGCUUCCCUGGACCCUCUGCACCAGCCCCCAGGCCACUGAGCCAAGGUCUCUUCUCACGCCUUCCCUAGAGAGCUUUGGUGCAUCUCAUUUGGAGAUAGGCUAUAUAGUUCACCAUCCCAGCACCUAACCCUCUGUCUCCAAGGAUAUGGGAGGUGGAGCCUCCUGGCUGAGAAAUUGUUUUGCAUAUGGAUCUAUUUUUGUAUGAAAAAAAAUUUUUUUAAGAUAACUUCCUUUUCCCUUCCCCCUCCAUAAUGUAAGAGGUUUUGAUGUAGGUUCAGGAGUUCCUGAGGAUUCUUCUUUGGCUUCCAUCCUGAACAUGCCCUAGACCUUGGCCUCAAGCCCUUAAAACUUCUGAGGCCAAGGCAGAUCACUCCCAGCACCACUUAUGGGACAAGAUGAGUCUCCUCUGAUUGGGCUAAGCCAGGUCCUCAAAAUAGCAGGAGCUCUGGGGCCACAGUUUAUGAAUUUAAUUAAUUAUCAAGCCAAAUGUGCAGAUGCUAACUAGACGCUGGGAAGUGAGAGAGGGUACCCUGCACACUGUACCCUUGCUCCCAUCUGAAUAGUGUGCAAACCAAACUGCUUGGUGGCCCAACCUCAGGAUCAGGAAGCUCACAUUCUCUGGCUAAGGGUGACAGCUUUGCCCUCAUGCUCCUUCCAGCUUUCAAACCACAGCUACUGAGAGUGGCACUGUUUGGGUUUGGCCCAGAAUUAGAGCUGUUAGCCCAGGGGGAGCUUAGGAGACCUGAGGGCACCUACAGAAGGGGCUUUGUGGCCAGCAAGGAAGGUUGGGUUGCUAAGCUUGUGUCUGAAGGGGCACUGGAAGCUCCUCUGAAUGAUUCCUGGAGAGACUAUGGGACAGGAAGGCUGUCGCUCCCCUGGGUUACCUAACUUCCCCUUGCUCGAUGACAUCUGGGGCUUUGGCCCUUUCUUUUUUAAAUCUACUUUAGUAAGAUGCAUUUAAUAAAAAAAAAAAAAAAAAAGGUAAGGGGACAAACGCAAACCUGUUUGCCUCGCCUCUGGGGCUUCUGGGGUGCCAUCACCUCUGGUCUGAUGGGUUUGUUUCCAACAGUUAAUAAAGCAUUGAAACAGU